GGGGCAGGUGGUGAGGGAGGGGGUGCUGGGGGAGAGGAAGGGAUGAGGGCUGCACUGACCUGGAGAGAUAAGGCUGAGCAAUGUAUAUAUGAUCUUGCCUUUAAACCUGAUGGAACUCAGCUGAUAAUUGCAGCAGGAAACAGAUUGCUGGUGUAUGACACGUCUGAUGGAACUUUAAUUCAACCCUUGAAAGGACACAAGGACACGGUGUACUGUGUGGCUUAUGCUAAAGAUGGCAAGCGUUUUGCAUCUGGCUCUGCUGAUAAAAGUGUAAUAAUUUGGACUUCAAAGUUAGAAGGAAUUCUGAAAUACACGCAUAAUGAUUCUAUACAGUGUGUUUCAUACAAUCCUGUUACUCACCAACUGGCAUCCUGCUCCUCCAGUGAUUUUGGCUUGUGGUCUCCUGAGCAGAAGUCAGUCUCCAAACAUAAAUCAAGCAGUAAAAUCACCUGCUGUAGCUGGACAAAUGAUGGGCAAUACCUUGCUUUGGGGAUGUUCAAUGGCAUUGUCAGCAUAAGGAAUAAAAAUGGCGAAGAGAAAGUCAAAAUAGAACGUCCAGGUGGCUCUUUAUCUCCAGUAUGGUCUAUUUGCUGGAAUCCAUCAAGUAGGUGGGAGAAUUUCUGGAAUCAUAGAGCAAUUGAGGAAGAGGAGGAAUCAGUCCACCACUGUUUAGAGGAAAUACCAGCUUUGAAGUCCAGCACAUGCAGUAGUCAGGGUAGUGAGACAGAGGAAGAAGAACAUGAGGAAGACGAGAGCCCUAGGGACACGAGCUCAGAUGAACACAGUGACAUCUUAGCUGUAGCAGACUGGGGUCAAAGGCUUUCCUUUUUUCAGCUCAGUGGCAAACAGAUUGGGAAGGAUAGGGUGCUGAAUUUUGACCCUUGCUGUGUUAGCUAUUUUUCCAAAGGAGAAUAUAUAUUAAUGGGAGGCUCAGAUAAGCAAGUCUCUCUCUACACAAAGGAUGGAGUACGUCUUGGUACCAUAGGGGAUCAGAACAGUUGGGUGUGGACAUGUAACGUUAAACCAGACUCCAAUUAUGUGGCAAUAGGAUGCCAGGAUGGAACAAUUUCCUUUUAUCAGCUGAUUUUCAGUACAGUCCACGGACUCUAUAAAGAUCGUUAUGCUUACAGGGACAGCAUGACUGAUGUUAUUGUCCAGCACCUAAUUACUGAGCAAAAAGUUAGAAUAAAAUGCAGAGAACUUGUAAAGAAAAUUGCAAUCUACAAAAAUAGAUUAGCAAUCCAGCUUCCAGAAAAAAUCCUGAUUUAUGAAUUAUAUUCAGAUGAUUCCUCAGACAUGCAUUACCGUGUGAAGGAAAAGAUAGCAAAGAAAUUUGAAUGCAAUUUAUUAGUUGUAUGUUCAGAUCACAUUAUCUUAUGCCAGGAGAAAAGACUACAAUGCCUCUCAUUUAGUGGUGUUAAAGAACGGGAGUGGCUGAUGGAGUCUCUCAUUCGUUACAUUAAAGUAAUUGGUGGCCCUUCUGGAAGAGAAGGCCUCUUAGUCGGUCUGAAGAAUGGCCAGAUUCUGAAGAUAUUUGUGGACAAUCUUUUUGCAAUUGUCCUGUUGAAGCAAUCCACAGCUGUGCGCUGUCUCGAUAUGAGUGCAUCCCGAAAUAAGCUGGCAGUGGUAGAUGAAAAUGAUACUUGCCUAGUAUAUGAUAUUCAUACCAAAGAGCUGCUUUUCCAGGAACCGAAUGCUAAUAGCGUGGCUUGGAAUACUCAAUGUGAGGAUAUGCUUUGCUUUUCCGGAGGGGGUUACCUCAACAUCAAAGCUAGUAACUUUCCUGUCCAUCAGCAAAAACUUCAAGGCUUUGUGGUGGGAUACAAUGGCUCCAAGAUUUUCUGUCUUCAUGUUUUUUCUAUGUCAGCUGUUGAAGUUCCUCAGUCUGCACCUAUGUAUCAAUAUCUGGAACGGAAAAUGUUCAAAGAAGCCUAUCAGAUUGCUUGUUUAGGAGUAACUGACACUGACUGGAAAGAGCUGGCUAUGGAGGCCUUAGAAGGUCUAGAAUUUGAAACUGCUAAAAAGGCAUUUACCAGAGUACGAGAUCUUCGGUAUCUGGAACUGAUCAGCAGCAUAGAGGAGAGGAAGAAACGUGGAGAGAGUAACAAUGAACUAUUUUUAGCAGAUGUUUAUGCCUACCAGGGAAAAUUCCAUGAAGCAGCGAAACUAUACAGAAAGAGUGGACAUGAGAGCCUCGCUCUUGAUAUGUACACUGAUCUGCGCAUGUUUGACUAUGCAAAGGAUUUCCUUGGGUCCGGAGAUCCCAAAGACACUAAGAUGCUAAUCACAAAACAAGCAGACUGGGCAAAGAAUAUCAAUGAACCAAAAGCAGCAGUGGAGAUGUACAUUUCUGCAGGCGAGCACAUGAAGGCCAUAGAAAUCAGUGGAGACCAUGGCUGGGUUGAUAUGUUAAUUGAUAUAGCUAGGAAACUGGAUAAAGCUGAGCGUGAACCUUUGUCAAAAUGUGCCUACUAUUUUAAAAAACUUGACAACCAUGGUUAUGCAGCAGAAACUUACAUGAAGAUAGGUGACCUAAAGGCCUUGGUACAUCUCCAUGUGGAAACUCACCGUUGGGAGGAAGCUUUUGCUUUGAGUGAAAAGCAUCCUGAAUUUAAAGACGAUGUCUAUGUCCCUUAUGCUCGGUGGCUAGCAGAGAAUGAUAGAUUUGAAGAGGCUCAAAAAGCAUUCCACAAGGCUGGCAGACAGAGCGAGGCCGUAAAAGUGCUGGAACAGCUAACUCACAAUGCUGUGGUAGAAAGCCGAUUUAAUGAUGCAGCAUAUUAUUACUGGAUGCUCUCCAUGCAGUGUUUAGAUAUAGCCCAAGAGAAUGAAAAGCAGAAGACUGAAAUGUUGCAGAAGUUUCACCACUUCCAGCACUUGGCAGAACUUUAUCACGUCUAUUACUCUAUCCACAGAUACACUGAGGAGCCCUUCAGUUUCCAUUUGCCUGAAACACUCUUCAAUAUUUCCAGGUUUUUACUUCACAGUCUAACCAAGGAGACUCCGCUGGGCAUCUCUAAAGUCAAUACAUUAUUUGCACUAGCAAAACAGAGUAAAGUGCUGGGUGCAUAUAAAUUGGCCCGUCAUGCCUAUGACAAAUUGCAGGGACUGCAAAUCCCAGUUAGAUUUCAAAAAUCAAUUGAGCUGGGCAGCCUGACAAUCCGAUCCAAGCCAUUCCAUGACAGUGAAGAGCUUGUGCCCUUGUGCUAUAGGUGCUCCACCAAUAACCCUUUGCUAAAUAAUCUGGGGAAUGUGUGCAUUAACUGCAGACAGCCAUUCGUCUUCUCAGCUUCAUCUUACGAAGUAUUGCAUCUAGUGGAGUUCUAUUUGGAAGAAGGGAUCACAGAUGAAGAAGCUGUAGCUCUUAUUGAUCUGGAAGCACCAAGAUUAAAUAAGAGAGCAGAUAAAUGGCAAGAGAUGGCAAGUGAUGGAGCACAGACACUGAGAUUUGAUGACAACGCAGACAUUGUUGAAGAGGAUGAUCCCUUUACAGCAAAAUUGAGCUUUGAGCAAGGAGGCUCAGAAUUUGUUCCUGUGAUAGUGAAUCGUGCAGUUCUCCGGUCAAUGAGCCGGAGGGAUGUCCUUAUUAAGCGCUGGCCAAAGCCAUUACAGUGGCAGUACUUCCGGUCCUUGCUACCAGAUGCUUCCAUUACCAUGUGUCCAACAUGCUUUCAGAUGUUUCAUUCGGAAGAUUAUGAGCUCCUGGUGCUCCAGCAUAACUGUUGUCCAUACUGUCGGAGAAAAAUCGAUGAGUCAAACCAGUGAAAAAGAUCCAUUGUACCCAUCCAUGAAAUUCUGCUAUCACAGCGAAAUAAAUUUUAGACUACUCAAGCUUUCUUAACAGCUUGGUUAUGUUGUUACAUAUAUUUUCUCACCCUCUGUAUGUUUCAUAAGCAGUGAAAAAAGAGAAACUGGUACAUGUCACAUGUUGUCCUAUCCAAAACAAAAUUUUAUUUUUAUGAGCAGUGUAAUUACAGAAUUUCUAUUUAUUGCUCUUUGUUUUGUAUAUAACCACAGAGUCAAAUGGGAAAAAUGUACAAAUAUAUUUUUAAGGGGAAUUCCUGUUUUACUUUCAAGUGUCCUUUGUUUAUUAUGGCAACCUGCCAGCGUGCCAGAGGAUUUGAUAGGAAUAUUGAAGGGUGAGAUUCAGCCUUGAGAUAAUUCAGUUGCUCUCAUUGAUUUUGCACUUCCGUAUACCAGAACUGUACUUGGUUAUUGACAGAAUUUGAAAUAAAAGGGACGUUUUUGCA